AAAUUGUACACAAACACGAAAGUAUCACAAAACUAACCAACGUAUUUAAACUUUAUUCCUAGUGACUAGUUUUGAUUUAACAUGGCAGAAAGUUGUGAUAUAAAUGCGGGAAGUGAUGAGGUCCCAGAACGAGUGGAAUAUGAUAAGGUCCCAGAACGAGUGGAACAUGAUGAGGUAGCAGAACGAGUGGAACAUGAUGAGGUCCCAAAACGAGUGGAACAUGAUGAGGUCCCAGGACGAGUGGAACAUGAUAAGGUCCCAGAACGAGUGGAACAUGAUAAGGUCCCAGAACGAGUGGAACAUGAUGAGGUAGCAGAACGAGUGGAACAUGAUGAGGUCCCAAAACGAGUGGAACAUGAUAAGGUCCCAGGACGAGUGGAACAUGAUAAGGUCCCAGAACGAGUGGAACAUGAUAAGGUCCCAGAACGAGUGGAACAUGAUGAGGUAGCAGAACGAGUGGAACAUGAUGAGGUCCCAAAACGAGUGGAACAUGAUAAGGUCCCAGGACGAGUGGAACAUGAUAAGGUACCAGGACGAGUGGAACAAAUUUUGUGCAAACCAUGUUUCAAUAACAAAAAACGAGCGACAGCAGAAAAGUUCUGUUCAACUUGUGAUGAAUUUCAGUGUUUGGAUUGUUCUAACGUUCAUUACACACACAAUUUCUUUAAAAAUCACAAGUUAGUGAACGUGAAUGAGGCGAAAAUGAAACAAAACUCGUUUGAUAUGAAAGGAUUAGACCAAUGUGAUCAACAUCAGGAAGUUCUAAAAUUCUUCUGCGAAGAUGAGAAUCAGCUCUGUUGCAGUACCUGUGGUUUUCUUUACCAUCGCAAAUGCCGGAGCGUUUUGGAAAUUCAAAAGGUCGCUAAAAGGGUAUUCUUGAAAUCCUCGCAGUUAAAGAAUAAAUUUGAGAACGUUAGACAGAAAACUGAAAUAAUAGUGAACAUAAUUGUCUCCUCAAAAGAGAAAUUAGGCAAAGAUGUUAAACAAAUACCAGUCAAAAUCAGGCAAAUGCGGGAUAAAGAGAUGAAAAUGUUUGACGAGCUGAAGAUUUCCGUUGUUAAAGACGUUGAAUCGUUUAAGAAAGAGACAUUAAAAAACUGA